UUUUCCGUGAAUCGAGGAGAAGCGUUGUUAAAGAAAUGGAAUAGUAUACCAGAUAAUGUUGAUAUUUUAAUGACACAUACUCCACCUUUAGGUUUGUAUAAGUUUAACCUUUAUUACAGUCAUCAUGUUGGUUGUGUUGAUCUAUUGAACACAAUACAACGAAGAGUACAACCUCAAUAUCAUAUUUAUGGUCACAUACACGAAGGAUAUGGUAUUAGAAGUGAUGGAACCACGACAUUUAUUAAUUGUGCAGCGUGUACAAGACAUUAUAGACCCGAUAAUUUGCCAGUUGUAUUUGAUUAUCCUAUACCAAAA